AUGAGCCCUCCAAUGAGAAGUUGGGAUAUAGAUGAUGAGCCACCAGCACACUCAGUAGAAACUAUUGCACAAUGGCCUGAUGAGCCCUCUAAUGAGAAAUUGGAUAGACAUGAUGAGCCACCAGCACAUUCAGUAGAAACUAUUGCACAAUGGCCUGAUGAGCCCUCUAAUGAGAAAUUGGAUACAGAUGAUGAGCCACCAGCACACUCAGUAGAAACUAGUGCACAAUGGCCUGAUGAGCCCUCUAAUGAGAAAUUGGAUACAGAUGAUGAGCCACCAGCACACUCAGUAGAAACUAUUGCACAAUGGCCUGAUGAGCCCUCUAAUGAGAAAUUGGAUACAGAUGAUGAGCCACCAGCACACUCAGUAGAAACUAGUGCACAAUCGCCUGAUGAGCCCUCUAAUGAGAAGUUGGAUAGAGAUGAUGAGCCACCAGCAGACUUAGUAGAAAAUAUUGCACAAUGGCCUGAUGAGCCCUCUAAUGAAAAGUCGGAUAGAGAUGAUGAGCCACCAGCACAUUCAGUAGAAACUAUUGCACAAUGGCCUGAUGAGCCCUCUAAUGAGAAGUUGGAUACAGAUGAUAAGCCACCAGCACACUCAGUAGAAACUAUUGCACAAUGGCCUGAUGAGCCCUCUAAUGAGAAAUUGGAUACAGAUGAUGAGCCACCAGCACACUCAGUAGAAACUAUUGCACAAUGGCCUGAUGAGCCCUCUAAUCAGAAGUUCGAUAGAGAUGAUGAGCCACCAGCACACUCAGUAGAAACUAUUGCACAAUGGCCUGAUGAAUCCCCUAAUGAGAAAUUGGAUAGAGAUGAUGACCCACCAGCAGACACGGUAGAAACUAUUGCACAAUGGCCUGAUGAGCCCUCUAAUGAGAAGUUGGAUAGAGAUGAUGAGCCACCAGCACAUUCAGUAGAAACUAUUGCACAAUGGCCUGAUGAGCCCUCUAAUGAGAAGUUGGAUACAGAUGAUAAGCCACCAGCACACUCAGUAGAAACUAUUGCACAAUGGCCUGAUGAGCCCUCUAACGAGAAGUUGGACAGAGAUGAUGAGCCACCAGCACACUCAGUAGAAACUAUUGCACAAUGGCAUGAUGAGCCCUCUCAUGAGAAGUUGGAUAGAGAUGAUGAGCCACCAGCACACUCAGUAGAAACUAUUGCACAAUGGCCUGAUGAGCCCUCUAAUGAGAAAUUGGAUACAGAUGAUGAGCCACCAGCACACUCAGAAGAAACUAUUGCACAAUGGCCUGAUAAGCCCACCAAUGAGAAGUUGGAUAGAGAUGCUGAGCCACCAGCACACUCAGUAGAAACUAUUGCACAAUGGCCUGAUGAGCCCUCUAAUGAGAAGUUGGAUAGAGAUGAUGAGCCACCAGCACACUCAGUAGAAACUAUUGCACAAUGGCCUGAUGAGCCCUAUAAUGAGAAAUGGGAUAUAGAUGAUGAGCCACCAGCACACUCAGUGGAAACUAUUGCACAAUGGCCUGAUGAGUCCUCUAAUGAAAAUUGGGAUAUAGAUGAUGAGCCACCAGCACACUCAGUAGAAACUAUUGCACAAUGGCCUGAUGAGCCCUCUAAUGAGAAAUUGGAUAGACAUGAUGAGCCACCAGCAGACUUAGCAGAAACUAUUGCACAAUGGCCUGAUGAGCCCUCUAAUGAGAAGUUGGAUAGAGAUGAUGAGCCACCAGCACACUCAGUAGAAACUAUUGCACAAUGGCCUGAUGAGCCCUCUAAUGAGAAGUUGGAUAGAGAUGAUGAGCCACCAGCACACUCAGUAGAAACUAUUGCACAAUGGCCUGAUGAGCCCUCUAAUCAGAAGUUCGAUAGAGAUGAUGAGCCACCAGCACACUCAGUAGAAACUAUUGCACAAUGGCCUGAUGAGCCCUCCAAUGAGAAGUUGGGAUAUAGAUGA